UAUGGCCAUUGAUUGGAAGGCUGCACUCCGCUGAACAAAUAGAAGAGAAUUAAAUUUCGCUUUUGGAGCACUUGGUUUGAAUCCCUGCUAUCAGACAGGACACACUGACAAACGUUUUAUGUAUAUCACAUCUGUCAUAAGACUAAUGUGUUCAUGUUCAGGUAGAAACAGAUCUGUGCCAACGAUUAUACCCGAGAGGAGAUAUAUAAAGAACCACACCGUAAACUCAAUGAAGACGUUCUCUGAGGAAACUCUAGGAGAUACAAUGUAUCACAUUCAUGCGGUAGAAAUUUAGAAGCUACCAAAACUGAGCUCAAGGAAAUACUCGUAGUGUCACAGGUAGUUAUUUGUGGUGGACUUGUGUACAGUAGAAUCCAUGUGUAUUAAUUUUCUAAUACUCUAAUGCUAUAGACCUGAUCUGAGGAGUACCAUGUGCUGUUAAGUGCUUCUACUGAAUUGGAAGCCAGGAUUGACUCGUUUCGCAUGACUGGGAGUGUUUUAUAGUUUAAUACAUAUACCUGUAAUUACAGGUAAUAUUACAGGUAACCCCACAUCUAUAACAGGUGAGCCAUCGUGGACCCAGGUUAUACAGACGCUGUGGUAGUUUUUAUUCCAGACCAAAACAUGGACCCUUUGUCGUAGUGGGAUAAUGCUGUCAUGAUUCAAUUAUACCAAUAUGUACGACAAUAUAUGCCACUGGAUGGCUAAGCAUCGGAACACAACAAACCGACAAACGACAUGCAAGCAGAAUUGCUGACAAUGACAAGGUGACCACUCUAUCCGAUAGAACUAAAAUUAAAAAAAAACAAUGCAGCCUGUGAAAACAUUUGCUCAUGCACAUGUCAGAAUGGCCCAUUAUCAUCAAUCCCACAAUUCUUAUGAACAUGACGACCCAAACAGUCCACGCUCUAUGAACAGUGAACUUCUUCAGGACCAAGACAAUCAAAUCAGUCAUCUUGACUCUGUUUCACAAACUAAUCUGGCUUUUAAUUUUCCUGACACGGAGGAGCAUCAUCACCAUUACAUACAAAACAAGACAUUUCAGGAUACGGAAGAAGUACGCCGUCAUUAUAUACAGAACAAUACUAAUGGCAUAAAUAGUCCACGUAGUGCUAAAUAUCGCAAUGAAGCUUCCUCCAAGGCAAAACUUGCCAAGAUUAUCACAGUCCCAGGUGGGGAGGACCAAAAUCAUUUAAAAUAUCAAUCGUCUACCCCCAGAAGUGGCCAGACACAUGGUGAAACCCAAAAAGGCAUAGGAACCCAUAAAAGCCCCACACAAGGUAUUCAGAUACCACAGGGGUCUGUAAGAGGAAUGCCUGUAUCCCCAGGGUCCAGAAAAACAGUCCCUCACACCAAUAUGCAUGUGACUGGGCAAGCAAGUGCAACCUUUCCGGGAAGUGUGCGUGGUUACUCAAAAGCCAACGGCCACCUUACGCACAGCCGGCGGAGAACGCCCAGUACUGACACUAAGGGUAGCUCUGUAGCGUUUCGCAGACAUCAUCCAGAGCGGAAGGAGUAUUAUGUUACACAGUUUGACAUAGAAUUUGAUAAACAUGAACGCCAUCGAUUUCUACCUGGUGAGGAGCUCACAGGGAAGAUUAUCUUUGACAUAAGCAAUGAAAUGGAUGUUCGUUUUAUUGAACUGUUGAUACUUGGCCAGACUACUGCAACUCUGGUGCAACAGGAGUCUGGGGUCUCUACUACGAAACGUGAUGUGUUUCUCAGUAAACGUUCAUACAUUAUUGGUACCCCGGACGGACGCUGGACAUCACUCAUUACACCAGGCCACUAUGUCUCCAAUUUCCGGUUACAGUUGCCAGAAAGCAUUCCAACAUCUUGCAACUAUCAAGACAAAAUCAAUGGAUUCAACAUGGAAACUAUGUAUCUUGUCAAAGCAAGGAUCUGUGAUGAUGUUGGAGCAUCAUCAUCAGCACGAAGUACACACUCCAUGAACAAUUUCGUCAAAGUGUUAGUAUCACGUAAACAGAUUUUCCAUGUGAAACGACCUUUUGACAUUCAUUCUGUUCCCAUGGCGAUGACACCGAUAUCUCACGUUGAAGAUGUUCCAAUCACCUGUUCAAUUUUCUCGAUCCGAGAGCCUGCAAAUAUUCAAAUGUCUCUUGAUCGCUCCUGUUUUCUUGCCGGAGAUGAUAUCAAAAUUCACCUGGAGACAGAAAACCGCUAUGCAAAUAGAAUUAAAAAGAUCACAUGUGUUCUGCGACAGACUGUUUCUGUCAAAGGAGUUCGUUCCAAAGCUCAAUUCAACAUUGCCAACGUUGAGGAAAAAUAUCCAGAGGGCACUAUCACAAAGACAAACAAACGUAACCUUAUUUGUUAUGAAAUCCACCUUCCCACCCAUACAAACUUUCUACCCAGUGUCAUGCCAGGUUGUCGACUGGUAACGAUCACCUACAGUCUCAAUGUGAGUGUCAAAUUUACGACAUGUGGAGGAAAACUCAUGCUGUAUGUCCCAAUAAAUCUGGGUCCGUGUACCGACCCGAUACACCUAGAUAAGACUAGUUCUGUUCCCUUCUUCAACAGACCACUUCGAUUCCCGCACUUCUCCCCACAUUCAAACGGGAUAGCCAAUGGAGACGCACAAAAAGUCCAGAAACGACCAGUGUCAGGGCCGCCAGUGACAUCCAAGUUCUCGUAUGGAGCAUGUUCAAGUAGAUUCUGCUGUUGUUGGGGUGACAACACUUUGAUAUGAAUUGCUUAAAUACAGAUUGUACCUAUUUAUAUUUAAUGAAUUUCCUAGGAUUUUGUGUUAAAUUAUCAAAUUUUCAAACACAAUCAUUGAUGUCUUGUGCAAUGGAGCUUAAAUUUGCUUAAUCAAUCCUUGGGUAUGUGUAUUUCUGACUAAAAUAUUACCUUUUUUAUGAUAAAUUUCCAUGGUCAAAAUUAUUUAUGAUGCAGAAAUCGAAAUGUGUUUAAGUCAUAGCUUACUAUGGACACUCAGAGGCCAUUAGACAUUUGAAUAACUUUUAAUCCUUGAAUGAGUUUUUCGGAUAAUAUCAUGCAUGCAUACAGCUCUGGACAUUCAAGAACAAGAAUAUGAUUACCGUUCAUCAAUAGCAACACACAAUUGUGUUUUAUUAUCAAUCUUGCUCUGGAUAUUUGGGGAGCAAGAUAACUUUCAUGAACUAGCUAUACGGAUAGUCAUCUGGCUGUGGAUAUUCAGAGAAUAAGAUAUAAAGAUAAUUACAACUUCCCUCUGAUUGAGAAUUAUAUAUAUGCUAUUCUACCACAAUACCCUGUGUUAUUCAACUCUAAGACCAUCAGUUAAUCAUUACAGCUGUUGAUUAACAAUCUGUUUAUACCACACCUGGUAUAAUUAAAC